UAAACUGUCCAUGUUAAUUUUGGAAGUAGAGAAUGACGAUUCUUACAGAUGAUGUCAAAUUGUUAUGUCAUUUUAAAAAUAUAUAACCAAAACAGAAUAAAUUCAAAUUUAAAACUAAAUAUUUCUUCUUUACCUGAUUGUGGUAUUGCAUCAUAGAUCAUCCAACCUUUUAGUACAUCAUGUUAGGAGCCAAAUUUGGGAAAUGGGUAAACGAUAAUAUUGUGUUCUUAGUAGGAAUACCAUUGAUCAUAGGAGUUCAUUAUGGUUGGUCUAAACUUCAACAAAAUCCGAAUUUGGUGCCACCAGAUCGACAGAAGAAAGAACCUGUACUGGAAAUAUACAGAAAUAUCAAAAAUAUAUUACUUGGACAGAGAGCACCAGCAGUAACAGUUAAAAAAUAAAUUUAUAGUCCCUGAUAUUAUGUACAUAUGUUAUUUUAGUAGC